AUGGCAUUAUUGAGAAUACUGUUUCACUGCUUUGUGACCAUUUUCAAUCUCUCCCAGCCCUGCCAGAUUCCUGAUGGCUUUGUGGCUGCCAGCUCUCCAGGACAUAUUAUGAUUGGAGGUUUGUUUGCAGUUCAUAACAAAAUGAUCCAUUCAGAAGAAUAUCCCAGAAGACCAAAAAUCCAGACUUGUGAGGGCUUUGAAAUCUCAAUGUUUCUUCAAACUCUUGCCAUGAUACACAGCAUUGAGGUAAUCAAUAAUUCCUCACUGUUACCUGGAGUUAAACUGGGGUAUGAGAUCUAUGACACUUGCACUGAAGUCACAAUAGCAAUAGCCGCCACGCUGAGGUUCCUCUCUAACUUCAACUGCUCCCAAGACGUUGUGGAGUUUCAGUGCAACUACUCCAACUACACACCAAGAAUUAAAGCUGUUGUAGGAGCCAGCUACUCAGAAAUAACCAUGGCUGUUUCCAGGAUGUUGAAUUUACGGCUCAUUCCACAGGUGAGCUAUGCCUCCACAGCAGAAAUCCUAAGUGAUAAGAUACGCUUUCCUUCUUCCUUUCGAACUGUGCCCAGUGACUUCUACCAAACCAAGGCCAUGGCACACUUGAUCCAGAAGUCUGGGUGGAACUGGAUUGGCAUUAUCACCACUGAUGAUGACUAUGGACGCUUGGCCCUUGGCACAUUUGGAAUGCAGGCCUCAGCAAACAACCUGUGCAUUGCAUUCAAAGAGAUCCUCCCAGCUUUCCUCUCUGAUAGUACCAUUGAGGUCAGAAUCAACCAGACACUUGAAAAAAUCAUGGAGGAAAGGCAUGUCAAUGUCAUUGUGGUAUUUCUGAGGCAGUUCCAUGUGUUCAACCUCUUUAAUAAGGCCAUUGAGAGGAAUAUAAAUAAGGUCUGGAUUGCCAGUGAUGCCUGGUCAGCAGCUGUCAAGAUUAGUACCAUUCCAAAUGUCAAACGCAUUGGCAAGGUGGUGGGGUUUGCAUUUAAAGGUGGAAAUAUGUCCUCUUUCCAUGACUUCCUCCAAAAUCUACACCACUUGCCUAACAAAAAAAACAAGCUCCUAAGUGAAUAUAUUAUGCUGUUGUCAUCCUGUUCACAUGUUAAUGACAAUGACUUGAAUUAUUGUAUUGCCAACUAUUCUCAGGGGAACUGGGACUUCAGAAUGGUGGAAAGCAAUUUCUCCCUGAGAAAUAACUUCCUGUUGGACAAUGCUGAGCCAGGUCAUGUCCACAGUGUUCAACUUGCCAUAUCUGCUCUUGCCUAUGCUAUUCGGGAUCAAUGCAGAGACCGAAAUUGCCAGAAUCCAGCUGCAUUUCAACCCUGGCAGUUACUUGAAGCACUUAAGAAUGUGACAUUUACUGAUGGAGAGAGUGAAUUUCAAUUUGAUUCACAAGGGGACAUUAACACUGGAUAUAAUGUUCUGCUUUGGAAGGAAGUCAAUGGACACAUGACCAUUAUCAACAUGGCAGAAUAUGAUCUAGAAAAAGAUGUUUUCAUUUUUAAAGACAGAAAAACUGAAAAGGAAUUCAAGAAUCUAAAGCAAAUUCAAUCUAAAUGCUCCAAGGAAUGUGGUCCUGGUCAAAUGAAGAAAACCACCCAAAGCCAACAUACAUGCUGCUAUGAAUGUGUGAGCUGCCCUGAAAAUCACUACAGCAAUCAGACAGAUAUGGAUCACUGCCUUUUAUGCAACCGUAAGACCCACUGGGCCCCAGCGAAUAGUACCAGGUGCUUUGAGAAGCAAGUUGAGUAUCUCAAUUGGAACGACUGGUUCGCCAUUCUGCUCCUGACUCUCUCAGCACUGGGAAUUGUCUGCACUCUUACAGUUGGAAUAAUAUUUACUAGAAACCUGAACACCCCUGUGGUCAAAUCAUCCGGGGGCUUGAUCAUCUGCUAUGUAAUCCUCCUUUGUCACUUUUUUAGCUUUGUCAGCACCAGCUUUUUUGUGGGAGAGCCACGAGACUUCAAAUGUAAAGCCAGGCAGACCUUCUUUGGUGUGAGCUUUGCCCUGUGCAUCUCCUGCAUCCUGACAAAGUCCCUAAAAAUUCUGCUAGCCUUCAGCUUUGACCCCGGAUUGCAAAAAUGUCUGAAGAGCCUUUACAAGCCCAUACCCAUCAUAGUGAUUUGUACAGGGGUUCAAAUGAUCAUCUGUACAAUAUGGCUUAUAUUUGCAGAGCCUUUUGUGGAGGAGAAUUUCUCCAUACCCCGAGUUAUUAUCUUAGAGUGUGAUGAGGGCUCCAUCAUGGCCUUUGGUACCAUGCUAGGCUACAUAGCUAUCCUGGCAUUUGUUUGCUUUAUAUCUGCCUUUAAAGGCAGAAAGUUGCCAGCAAAUUACAAUGAGGCUAAGUUCAUAACGUUUGGCAUGCUCAUUUACUUCAUCGCAUGGAUAAUAUUUAUCCCCAUUUACGCCACAACUUUUGGCAAAUACUUACCAGCUGUGGAGAUCAUUGUCAUUUUAAUAUCUAACUAUGGAAUUCUGUGUUGCACGUUUUUUCCUAAAUGUUACAUCAUUCUCUGUAAACAGGAGACCAAUACAAAAUCUGCCUUCCUUAAGACAUUGUAUAUGUACUCUUCCCAAAGUGCAAGCAGCCUUAAUGUGAAUAUUUCACUGGAUUCCAGGCCUGAUGAAGUCCCCCUUCCCAACCACAACUUCAAUUGCAAGUCUCCAGUCACACUUGAGCAAGGCAAGGCCAGCCAAUCACAGAUGGCUGAACAUGUACAAUCUGCAAGGAAAAGAACUGCUAAAAAUACAGCUGGAACACUCCCAAGAAAAAGAAUGUCAAGCAUAUGA